AUGCAGGCACAAGCUGGUACGACACAGUCUUGGCCGAGCAAGCCGCAAGCUCCACCAAGCACGACGCAGUCUACGCCAAGGAAGCAAGGUGCAAGUGGCCCAGUGCCAUAUCUAUCAAGCAAGGCUCCGGCUUUCUCUACUGGGACAUCACAGCCUGCACUUACCAAGGAUCAAGUUCAUACUGCGACAGCGCAAGCUCCACCAGUAAAGCCUCAAGCUCAAGGUGAUAUGCCUCCCCGAAAACCUCAAGCGGCGCCUGGGGUCGUACAGCCCCAGAUGACCAAGCCCCAAAGCCAGACUCAGACUCACCCACCGAGUGGAAAGACAGCUUCCGUAUCAUCCAAGACUCACGCUCUCCCUGGAGCAACACAACCUCAAGUUGCCAAACCUCGGGUGCAGCCUCAGGCUCAAGCCGGCAAGCCAGCAUCGGUACCACCCAAGUCUCAAACACCAACUGGCGUAGUACAACCCCAAACAGCCAAGCCUCAGGCACAAAAUGGAAAGGCAGAGCCUCAAGCACACAAAAUGCAGGGUCCCCCAGGAACCUCUCAGAUUCCAUCAGGGAAGCCUCAGGGCCAGGGAGGUUUGCCUUCACAGAAACCUCAAGUACCUACUUCGAAAGUCCAAAGCCAACCAGUAAAUCCUACAGUUCAAAGUGAUACAUCUGCGCAGAAGCAACCUGCUGUCCCUAAGCAUUCUCUGGUGGUCCCUGCAAAACCUUCCGCUACCCCUACCCAGACUCAAAAGACAACUCCCGAUCAGAGAAAGCCUAUACCAUCAUACACUGAACCAGGCCCUGGAGGUGCCAAGUCUCCCAUGAGCAUUCUAGUACAAGGAAGUUCUAGCCAGAAACCCUAUUAG